CCGUGCUAUCAGCGGCAGGGCGCGGGGCCGACCAAGAACUCUACAUCCUGGCACCGUGUCAACCGGUCAACAAGAACUUCCCCCACCCGGGCAACUGCCAUGGCUAUCUGACGUGUGCAACCUGGGGGCUGUGGCCCAUGGACUGUCCCUGGGUUCUCGUGUUUGACGAGAAAACUGGGAACUGCGAAUGGCCAUAUCUGGUACCAAGAUGCAGGGAGAACCCACCCAUAACCGCAUGCAACCCAAAUCCUUGUGUCAACGGAACCUGUGCUCUAACCACUGACAGCAAACUGGGAUAUCAGUGUAUAUGUAACACUGGAUUUAUUGGACCAUUGUGUUCUACAGUUUCUCUAUAUCUCCCAAUGACAGAUGACUUCUGUAACCCUAAUCCGUGCACUCACGGUCGGUGUAUGUCGGACAGCUCCGGUUUCAGCUGUGACUGCAGGGGCUCAGGGUACGAGGGCGUCUUCUGUGAUAUUCCCAUCCCGCUCAACUGCCCGACCCACCAGUGUCCGGUCGACGCGCCCAGGUACAACUACCCGGACUGGACCGACCUUAACUGUGCUUCUUACUACAACUGCGAAAGGGGGACACUCAGUCAACGCCUGUGUCCAGCUGGUCAGAAGUUUGACGUCAUCACCACGGUCUGCAAGCAGUAUUCUGACCCAGAGGCUAUCUUUUGUGAAUAUUUCAGGAACUGA